AUUUUGAAGCAAACAAUUUAAUUCGAUUACUGAAUGACUAUUGACAAAAAGUUACCGUGUGUAUUGGUGAAUGCUAACGCCAUCUAGCGUCGAGUAGCAGAAGUGCGUGCACAGUGACAUCUAUCAGUGACUUCAUGAAGCUCCAGUUGCGUUCUGAAACAAAAUUCGGUGUCGAAUAUUAGAAACUUAUUGUAAAAUAAUAACCCUGUCACGGUUUUUAAGUACAUUUAAUAUAUUUACAAUGUAGUGCAAGUUUUUAUUUAUCACAUUUGAAAAUCAUUUUGAAGCAAAAUUAAGAAACACUGUAAGACAUUUGACGGGUAAAAGGAAAAGGAUAACGCUCAACUUGGUUUCCGAACGUGAUCGGUGUGAAUGAACUGUCAAAUAUUCAAUGAAGUUAGCUGCUGUCUGGAAUCCUUACGCCAUGCUUGUGUGAGUACUGUGAGUGGAGAUGCACCACUUCUUACGUUAGUGUGCCGUCCGUGAAAGCGGUUUUUCAAAGCUCGCGCUCGCCGUUUUCAUCGUUUGAUGCGCCGCCCGGCCGGACGCCGGUGCCAGUGGUGCAUAAUAUUUACAUUACGGCUUCCAAAAACCCAACAUUCCACUUCCAACGUUGUCUUCAAUUAAAAAUGUUCGUAGUUAGUUCGAAAAUCGAAUGUUAACUUUUUAAUGUGGCCAGUUUAAGUGAUAAGUGUUUUAUGAUGUGCUUUCUGCGAGCGGUUUUAUUCCUUUCGUUGGUUUUAUCCGGUCUCCAUGUUUCCAGUGGGUCCGAAGGUAUCGACCACCAUGCAGGGCAUAGACUACACAAACACAAGACAAACAGAAAACAUCGAGCUACUAAUGAAGAGCUCCGCUUCGAUCCAAAACCUUUUAAUAAGAAGAUCGAGCUGAAUACUCCCGGGAAGAUCCAUUGUAAAGUGGCUGGAGGGCUUUCUCCGACCGUACAAUGGUUUCUAAAUGUGGAAGACGCGUUGCCAGAAGGCCUGAGCUCGGCCAACGGUACACUGCACGUGGCGUCGGCCGAGAAACGCCACGUCGGCAACUAUACUUGCCGAGCCACUGAUGGCAACCACACCAUUACUGCUGAGAUACACCUUGAUGUCGUUGUGGCACCAAAAGUAAUUGAGCCGCUCCCAGACACGGAAAUGCAUAUCGGCGAGCGACAGUCUAUUCUUUUGAACUGCCGGGCUAUUGGCGACCCGUCACCGAUGACGCACUGGGUCCGGAAUCUCACCAUUAUUAACCAAUCACAAGAUGGAGUGGACAUCGAAGGGGGAGUAAAUGCAACACAUGCAAGAAUGUUAUUACUAAACAACGGUUCUCUAUGGAUUCGCUCAGCGCGACGGGAAGACUCAGAUCGCUACGCUUGUACGGCUGGCAGCGCCGCCGGUAUGGCGCGCACGGAACUAAUCCUUACAGUACAUCCAGAGGGUUACUACGCCGACGGUGGAAAUGAAUCCGGAGCAGGGCGAGCGGUGUUAGUAGCGGCCGGGGUGGCAGCAGGGUACAUGCUGCUGGUUCUGGCGCUGAUGCUGUACUGCAGAAGAAGAAGACGUGAAAGGCGUCUACGUGGUGAAAAGAUAGAGCUAGAAAUGGCAGAAGGGCGCGAGAAGUUGGUGGAGGAAGGUGAAGACAAACCCAAGACCAACGGAGCACCCAACGGGAAACUACCUCACGACAGAGACAGCGGUGCGGACACGUCAGAGGUAUCGGCCGCAUCCCGAGCGUCGCGUCGAGGCUUCGAGCAUCUCGCCGCCCCGCGGACGCUUCUUACUGAACAAAUCACAUUGGGUCGCGGUGAAUUCGGCGAGGUGUCUUUAGCGCGCCUCGACGUUUCGGCACUGAAGCGCGCGCGCUCAGCGGCUACCAACGCCGCGCCGCGGCUGCGCCCUGUUUUAGUCAAGGCUCUCACUUCUAAGGAUGAGGCGGCCGGAGCAGAAUUUCGUCGCCAACUAGAACUAUUCGGGCGCGUUCGUCAUGAAGGCAUUGCGCGGCUCUUCGCGCUUUGCAGCGAUGCUGAUCCACAUCUUAUGAUACUCGAACACACUGACUGGGGUGACCUAAAAACCUUCCUGCAAGCGACCACAGCGGAGCAAACAGCCCAGUUCACCGGCGCCACGGGCGCCAGCGCGGCGCCACUGUCGCCGCAACACCAGGCCUUGCUGGCCAGCCAGCUCGCUCACGCUGUCACUGCGUUGGCCAACCAGAGACUCACACACAGAGACAUCGCGGCUCGCAACUGCGCUAUCUCGUCAACUUUGCGGCUGAAACUCACUAUGGCGGCCAUGUCUCGAGGGCCCGACACCGCACAUUACUACAAGCGGCAUGACCAGGUGAUCCCGCUCCGCUGGUUACCAGCAGAAGCAGCCUUAGAAGGAGAAUACUCUGCCAAAUCAGAUGCGUACAUGUUUGCAGCCACAGUAUGGGAGAUCUACACUAAGGCAGAGCUUCCUUUCGCCAAAUUGAACGACAACUCAGUGCUCGAGCGACUAAAGAGCGGGACCCUCGAGUGGACGGUCCCGGGUUCGAUGCCCGAAGCGCUUGCUAACUUACUGAAACGGUGUUGGAGCAACUCCCCGUCAGAGCGUCCACAAUUUGAAACGAUCUGUACCGAGGUAGAUGCUGUAUUACAAGCAGUUACUUCAGCCGAGACUCCACAGGAAAACAACUCUUAAACAGAUUAUUAUAAGGUUCGGUUUGGAAUGUCUUGUUUCGGGCGUUUAGACCCUUUUCAACAACAAUCAGUUACAAUAACUAUUUUAUAUUAAUUAUUAAAAGUGAACAAUCGCACAUAUAAACACGACCCUUGGAGCGUUUUCACAUUAUCCGACCCGAUAUCGGAUGUCGGAUAUCCCAUAUAUUUACGCCGCCAUCUUUGAUUUUUUCCUGUGAAAUCCUUCCUACUUCCGUUAUUGGAACAUUGUGAAAACGCACUUAUUUUCAUGAAUUUACGGUUCAAUCUAAGACAUUUAUUGCAUUAAAAAUAUCAUAACAACGAAGUUUAAGAAAAUUUACAGACUUAACCAGAUUUCUUAUAAAACAAUGGAGUUGCAGUCGUUCAUAGGCUACGGUAACUGCUUACCAUCAAGCGGGCCGUGUGCUUGUUUGCCACCUAUUAGUAUUAAUAUUUAAAAAAAUGUUACAGUAAUUUGAACCUAGCUUAGCCGUUUAACAUUUAUAGAUUCUUUAUUUCUGAUGCCAUUUUGUAAUCAUUUAAUUUAAUAUGCCUCUGCCACACUAUGCUCCUCGCGCUGCCGCGAUGUUGCCCUCUCUGGCCACACACUGCCCUGCUCGCGCGAUUAUUGCACUAGGUUGUUGCCGGCCCGCCGACUCGCGCCA